UCUCCCCACCCCAGCUGUUGAGACAACAGUUCGUGCGUGUUGACUUUUACACGAUUCAGUUGGCUUCUCGCAAAGGCUCUCUCCGCGCGGGACUCGCCACCUCCGAUUUGCUCCUCCAUUUCGCCAGCCAAGAUGAAUUCAUCCGAUGGUGCAAGUCAUUCUAGCUCAAGGCCAGAGAACGGUUUUAUUGAUUCAGCUUCUGUUGUAAAUUCUGAGAAAGCAAUCCUGGAACUUCUGCAACAAACUCCUGUUCGUGAUAACGAUGAACAUCUCAUAGAAUUUUCGGAGGCUUUGAGAACUGUUGCAAAGGCACUAAGGCGAGCUGCUGAAGGAAAGGCUUCUGCUCAAGCUGAGGCGGCAGAAUGGAAGCGGAAGUAUGAACUUGAAAGAGCACAGAAUCAGGACUUUCAACAACAAGGAAAAUCUGGAGGUAAAGAUGAUGAUGAUGUUCACUGCGAGAGUACACAAAACUUGGAUGACCAGGAUGAUUUGUGUAACGAAGCCAAUGAGCAACCUGAAGGGUUUUGUGCGGAGCAUGGAAUUUGCUCCCAUGAGGUUCUUUUCGAUGGGGAAAAUGAUUCUGCAUCGAGGGCAAUUCAAAAGCGAAUGAUGAGAAAGGCAUCAUUCAAACUUUCAUGGAGGUGCAAAGGCAAGAGAAGUGAUCAGCACAAACAUGACAUCGUGUCUUUUGAAAAGGGAAAUAUAACAACAGCUGGGCGCACUAGUAAACAGAUUGCUUUGAAGUGGGAAUCUCCUCCACAGACAGUGCUUAUUAUGACAAAACCAAAUUCAAAUUCUGUUCGAGUCCUAUGUGGAGAAAUAGUCAGAUGGUUAAAAGACCACAAGAACUUGAACAUUUAUGUUGAACCACGCGUGCGAUCUGAACUUCUCACUGAUUCAUCUUCCUUCGAGUUCGUGCAAACUUGGAAAGAUGAAAGUGAGAUUCUGGACUUGCACAAGAAAGUUGACCUUGUGGUCACUCUUGGUGGGGAUGGAACUGUCCUUUGGGCGGCAUCAAUGUUCAAAGGACCAGUGCCCCCUGUUGUCCCCUUUUCUUUAGGGUCCUUGGGUUUUAUGACCCCUUUCUACAGUGAACGCUACAAAGAACACUUGGAUUCGAUUCUUAAAGGUCCAAUCAGCAUAACAUUACGGCAUCGGUUGCAGUGUCAUGUUGUCAGGGAUUCAGCCAGAAAUGAAUACGAAACAGAAGAACCGAUACUUGUUUUAAAUGAAGUCACAAUUGAUCGGGGAAUAUCAUCGUACCUCACAAAUUUGGAGUGCUAUAGUGAUAACUCGUUUGUCACUUUAGUACAAGGGGAUGGGCUAAUCUUGUCAACUACAUCUGGCAGCACUGCCUAUUCAUUAGCGGCUGGAGGAUCAAUGGUCCAUCCACAGGUUCCUGGCAUACUAUUCACGCCGAUAUGUCCUCAUUCCUUAUCCUUUAGGCCAUUGAUCUUACCCGAACACGUCACUAUUCGGGUGCAAGUACCUUUCAACAGCCGAAGUCAGGCGUGGGUAUCAUUCGAUGGCAAGGACAGGAAACAGUUAGGAGCCGGGGACGCACUCAUCUGUAGCAUGGCCCCAUGGCCCGUCCCUACCGCUUGUCAGGUUGAUUCCACCAGCGACUUCUUGCGCAGCAUCCAUGACGGCCUCCAUUGGAAUCUGAGAAAGACUCAGUCAUUUGAUGGUCCGAGGGAACUCUGAGCAUUGUUUUCCCCCCAAUAUAUAUAGUUUAGGUAUGGGCAGCAAAAUCGAGCUAUGUUAGUUACUUUAAAAAAAAAAGGAAAGAAAAAGGAAAGUGAUUCCCAUGGAAGGAUGUAUGUGCUGGUUCACAAUUGAUUGUCUAAAGCUGCCAUGACACUCUUACUUGUAGUUGUCACCUGAAGUGAGGGGGGAGCCUUAAUGGUGGCCAGAUUUUUAAAUUGCUGAAGUAUUAAAUGUACAUGAGGUAUUACUUCAUAUUCUUUGAAGGCUGUUGGAUCAAAUAAAGUUUAAAGUAUUUAAGCGCGAAA